AUGCAGAAUCAUGGAAAGCCACCAAAUCGUUACUCACCUGAAACUCAAGGCCUUAUGCAUCAGUUGUCUGCUAUUCAUAUCCCAACUAAGGUUGUUGAAGCAUUUAAAGAUCCUAAGUGGGUUCAAGCUAUAAAGGAAUAUAUGAAAGCUCUUGAGAAGAAUCAGACUUGGACACUAGAAACUUUACCACGAGGAAAAAAGACUAUCAGAUGUAGAUGA